AUGGCCGCUCCCCACCAGUACCACCAGCCGAACGCGCCAGACGAGGACUCGGACCUAGAACUCGACCUAGAGGAGCUGGACCCUCUGGCCUCUCGCUCCCAGUCCGCCGCUACACCACCACGGCGCCAGUCCAAGGAGCAACGACGGCCAUACCAUGAGCUGGGUGCGAGAAUACCGCUGAGGAAUCUCAGAGUCGGCAGGCUGCGCGCGAACAAGAAGAAGGAAGAGCCGGAAGAGGACGACCUAAGAGGGCUGCUGGACGACGAUGAAGGGUCCAAGAGAGACUCUGCUGGCAGUUAUGGCCAGUCAGGUGAUGACGAUUCGCCGCUCUUGCCUGAGCAGCACACACCACGGAGAAGACGGCAGCCACCACCGAGCGCGCUUUCCCGCCUGGGCUCCAACAUGCGCCUGCCCAGCUUCCUCUCACGCCAGAACAACGCCCCCAUACAGUUAGGCGACGACGCCGGAGAGUCGGAUGCCGACGAGGAGCACGAUCCGACCACCCAGCGCACCAUCUCCGUCGGCCAGCUUCAGACCUCGAGAUUCCCCGCGAACGCCGUGUCGAAUGCCAAAUACACCCCGUGGAGUUUCCUCCCACGCACCCUCUACAAUGAGUUCUCCUUCUUCAUCAACAUGUACUUUCUGCUCGUCGCCCUAUCGCAGGUCAUACCCGUCCUCCGGAUCGGCUAUUUGUCGACAUACAUCGCACCGCUGGCUUUCGUCUUGACGAUAACGCUGAGUAAAGAGGCUAUGGACGAUAUUGCUCGACGGCGGAGAGAUGCAGAAGCAAACUCGGAGGGUUACACCGUUCUGAAGUUUGAGGAGAACAGCCUUGGGAACGGCGUCGCGCCCGGAAAGAACUCGCAGAGGAAGAAGCGCCUGAGGAAGCAGCCCAAGGACGAGGGUCGGUUGGCAGACAUUGAUGAUGAGGAGCAGCGACUUUCGGGCAAGGGUCUGGCGACAUGCACCUACUGGGAAGUUGUGAAACCCUCUCGGAGCCUCAGAGUUGGAGACGUCGUGAAACUCGGCAAGGACCAGCGAGUGCCUGCCGACAUGGUGCUCCUCAAGAGCUACUCCAGCGAGAAUGCAGCACCUAUUGAAGAUGACUCCAAGGCGCAAAGUUCAUCGGCUGCGCUUAUUGAUGGCAUGGACACCGGCGACACGGCCAAGGUUGACAGUGCCACAGCUUCUGGAACCUCAGGAGAAGCCUUCAUCCGAACAGAUCAGUUGGACGGUGAAACCGACUGGAAGCUGCGCCUGACCUCGCCACUUACACAGAAUCUGGAUAUUGGCGAGUACACCCGGCUCCGCGUCGUGGCCGGCAAACCGGACAAGAAGGUCAAUGAAUUCUACGGAACCGUUGAACUGCCACCCAAGACACAGCGACAUUAUGACCCUCAUGAUAACGAAGAAACGACGUCCCCCACAGAAGUGCAGUCAGCACCCUUGAGCAUCGACAACACCAUCUGGGCGAAUACUGUCGUUGCAUCAAGCUGCAGUCUACUGGCUGUGGUCGUAUACACCGGCCCACAAACUCGUCAAGCGCUUUCUACAUCGCCUUCAAGAUCCAAAACUGGUCUGCUUGAAUUAGAGAUAAACUCUCUGACCAAGUGGCUAUGUAUCUUCACCCUCUCGCUCUCUUUCAUCCUAGUGGCACUCGCGCGAUUCCAGGUCAUCGAAGGCCGGCAAUGGUGGGCGUCAAUGCUGAGAUUCCUCAUUCUGUUCUCCACUAUUGUCCCAGUAGGUCUGCGUGUCAAUCUCGAUAUGGGCAAGUCGGUCUAUGCAUGGUUCAUACAGCAUGAUGAAAGUAUCAAAGGUACUAUCGUUCGGACUAGCACAAUCCCAGAAGACCUGGGUCGCAUUGAGUACCUGUUGAGCGACAAGACAGGUACUCUGACACAGAAUGAGAUGGUCAUGAAGAAGAUUCACGUCGGCACAGUCUCGUACGCAAACGAGGCCAUGGACGAGGUAUCAUCAUACGUUCACCAGUGCUUCACACCACCCGCCGGAGAAGCCCCAUCGCUUGUCACGCCUUCUUCUGCAUACAUCGCACCUCUCACCUCAGCUACUCGUACGCGCCGAGAGAUUGGAUCCCGGGUCCGCGAUGUUGUGCUAGCCCUAGCUCUCUGUCAUAACGUAACGCCGACCACGGAAGAAGAGAACGGGGAGACAGUGACUACAUACCAAGCCUCCUCUCCCGAUGAGAUUGCUAUCGUCAGAUGGACCGAGGCUGUUGGUUUGAAGCUUCUGUCUCGCGAUCGCGAAUCUAUGACCCUUCUAUCGUGCGACAGCGGGAACACUGUCGUCAAAGUGCGCAUUUUGAAUGUCUUUCCCUUCACAUCAGAAGGCAAGCGCAUGGGUAUCGUCGUGAAGUUCUAUCAGGGUCCAGCAUCAUCACCCACUGAUGAUGGUGGCGAGAUAUGGUUCUACCAGAAGGGUGCCGAUACUGUCAUGACCUCUAUUGUUGCCGCCAACGACUGGCUCGAUGAAGAGACAGCCAAUAUGGCCCGUGAAGGUCUCCGAACACUGGUCGUCGGCCGCAAGAAGCUCUCAUCGCAAAUUUAUCAAGACUUCUCCACCAAGCAUGCUCAGGCUUCGCUUGCCCUUAAUAACCGCGAUGCUGCCGUCGCCAACGUAGUAAAAGAAUAUCUGGAGAAUGACCUAGAGCUUCUCGGUGUCACCGGUGUCGAAGACAAGCUCCAAAAAGACGUCAAACCCUCCCUUGAACUCCUCCGCAACGCAGGUAUCAAGAUCUGGAUGUUGACGGGCGACAAAGUAGAAACAGCCCGCUGUGUAGCCGUCUCGUCCAAACUUGUAGCCCGCGGCCAAUAUGUCCACACCAUCGCCAAGCUAAAGCGCAAAGACCUCGCCUCUUCCUCCCUUGACUUCCUCCGCGGAAAACUAGACGCCUGCCUCCUCAUCGACGGCGAAUCCCUCGCGCUGUUCCUCCAACACUUCCGCCAAGAAUUCAUCACCGUCGCCGUGCAACUUCCUACCGUAGUCGCCUGCCGCUGCUCGCCCACCCAAAAAGCCGACGUUGCACGCCUCAUCCGCGAGUUCACGAAGAAGCGCGUAUGCUGCAUCGGCGACGGCGGCAACGACGUCUCCAUGAUCCAGGCCGCAGACGUAGGCGUCGGCAUCGUAGGAAAAGAGGGCCGCCAAGCCUCUCUCGCAGCCGACUUCUCCAUCGAGCAAUUCUGCUACCUCGUCAAACUGCUCGUCUGGCACGGCCGCAACAGCUACAAGCGCUCCGCGAAACUAAGUCAAUUCGUCAUCCACCGCGGUCUCAUCAUCAGUAUCUGCCAAACCGUCUUCUCCAUCGCCAGCAGCUUUGAGCCCAACGCUCUGUACAAAGACUUUUUGCUCGUCGGCUACAGCACGAUUUACACCAUGAUGCCAGUGUUCUCUCUCGUGCUAGACCGCGAUGUCGAUGAGAGCGUGGCAAACCUCUACCCGGAACUGUACGCCGAACUCAAAACAGGACGUAGUCUGAGUUACAAAUCUUUCUUCAUAUGGGUUGCAGUCUCUGUCUACCAGGGCUCCAUCAUACAAGGUCUCUCUCAACUCCUCAUUGGCGUGGGUACAUCCACAACACCGCCUGCGGCACCUGACCCCACUUUCCUCAAGAUGGUCAGCGUCAGUUUCUCCGUGCUUAUCGUGAAUGAGCUUGUUAUGGUGGCUAUGGAGGUGACGACGUGGCACUGGAUCAUGAUUGCUAGUAUUGUGGGUACGGCGGUGAUUUACUUUGGCUCGGUGCCGUUUUUGACGGGGUAUUUUGAUCUUGAGUACGUGGGCAGUGUGGCGUUUUGGUGGAAGUUUGCGGUUAUUGCGGCGAUUAGUCUUGUGCCGCCUUAUGCGGUUAAGUUGUUGAGGAGGACGCUUAAGCCGCCGAGUUAUCGGAAGGUGCAGGGGGUGUAG